AGAGAGGCCACAAUCAAUCUGACACAGAGAGGAGACACAAGAACCUUCAGGGACAGAUAAAACAACAGAGUUGCCACAGGGGGACGGAAACCUGAAGCCGUUUCGAAACUGUAGAGUUAAAGUGCAUCAGGAGGGUGAUCUGAGACAAAACAUACAGGAAGAAGAAACAGUGAAGAUUGCUCUUCCCUGACUGGGAUAAUCGCAGAUUUUCCUGCCCGUUGUGUUUGUGCCUGUCAGCGGGUGCAAUGCCUACCACAAUACAACAGCAGGUGGGCAGCAGGGGACGAUGGGCUGCUCUCCUGCUCUCUCUCCUCCUGCUGUCCAUGGCCCCCAGGCCUGGGAAUGCCACCAUCAACAUCCCAUCCAAAUACAAAAUAAGAGACUUGAAAAGCCCCCCAGUGAUUACCGCCCAACCAGAGUCUGUCACCACCUUUUCAGCAGAUGACAUCACACUCACCUGUGAGGCAACUGGGAAUCCCCCGCCCACGUUCCGCUGGGUGAAAGAUGGUCUGGAGUUUGACCCCUCUAAAGACCCUGAACUCUCUGUGUCCAGAGAUUCUGGGACCUUUUCUUUGACCGCCAAAGAUGGACCCAUUCACCAAUACCAGGGCAGAUAUAACUGCUACGCGUCUAAUCAUUUAGGCACGGCGGUGUCUAACGAGGCUCGUAUUGUCACAGAGAACACUCCCACUCUACAGAAGGAGAAGAAGGUGUCGAAGAAGGUGGAUGAAGGAGAGAGUGUGGUUCUUCCCUGUAAUCCUCCUAACAGCACUGUGGCUCCGGUCAUCCACUGGAUGGACAAGAAGCUGCGGCACAUUCAGCAAAACGAUCGUGUGAUUCAGGGUCGUGAUGGAAACUUGUACUUCUCUCAUGUGACUGAAGCAGACAGUCGAGACGACUACACCUGCAACACGCAGUUCCCCAGCGCACGCAUCAUAGUCCUCAAAGAGCCCAUCAAACUCACUGUUGUCCCCUCUAACUCAGUAGUGCGUAACAGAAGGCCACAAAUGAUGCGACCCACUGGCUCCCACAGCUCCUAUCUGGUGCUCAGUGGCCAAAACCUGGAGCUGGAGUGCAUUGUUCAGGGCCUGCCCUCUCCCAAAAUCCAGUGGAUCAGGAAGGAUGGAGUCCUGUCAGAGUCCCGCACAUCCAGAGAUAGUUUUGAUAGGGUUCUGCGCUUUAAGAACAUCUCAGAGUCUGACAGUGGCGAGUACCAGUGUACUGCCACAAAUUUGCAAGGCAUAAUCACUCACACCUACAGAGUCACUGUGGAAGCUGCCCCAUAUUGGAUUAAAAAACCUAAGAGCCAACUGUACGCCCCGGGAGAUAUGGUCAAAUUGGAAUGUAAGGCUGACGGUAUUCCCAGCCCUGAGGUCACCUGGAGCAUCAAUGGAAAUCGUCUUACUGAUAUUGACCCAGACCCUAGACGCAGCUUGAAACAUGGCGUUCUCACUCUGAAGAAUGUGGUACUCAGUGACACUGCAGUCUAUCAGUGCAAAGCAGUCAAUAAGCAUGGAUCUAUCCUCAUCAAUGCCUACGUCUAUGUUAUAGAACUGCCUCCCCAGAUUCUGACAGAAAAUGGUCUCAUGUACUCUGUGGCAGAGGGACAGACGACUGAGCUGGCUUGUGAGUCCUUUGGCUCUCCUCAGCCCAAUGUCACAUGGGAGGGUGAGUCCUGGGAUGCUCUUGAAGCCAACUCAAGGAUGAGCCAGUUACCCGAUGGCUCUCUACAGAUCAGUAACGCCUCCCUCAAUGACAGCGGCCAGUACACCUGCACUGUUAGCAACAGUGAAAUCACCAUCACUGCUGAGCUGGAUGUACUCAAUAAGACAGUCAUUGUGAAACCUCCACUGGCUCUGCGAAUCCAGCGGGGGAUGCCUGCUACCCUCACCUGUGAGUACCAGGUGGACUCCAGACAGGACACCCCUCAAGUCCAGUGGAGGAAGAACCGACAGAAGCUCACAGAAUCCUCUGAUUCUGACAAGUACAUGAUAGACGAAUCCACCCUCAUAAUACCUGAGGUCAAAGAAGAGGAUGGAGGGAUUUAUACCUGUGAAGUCAUUACCACUCUGGAUAUGGCUGAAGCGAGUGGCUCCAUCACUAUCGUUGACCGACCAGACCCUCCGACCCAAAUACAGAUGACAGAACCUAAAGAUCGCAGUGUGACUCUCAGCUGGACACCUGGAGAUGAUCACAAUAGCCCUGUGCUAGAGUAUCUGAUUGAGUUUGAGGAGACUGACUAUGAAAGAAAAGAAUGGGAGGAGCUAAGCCGCGUGUCAGGCAACAAUCAGCGAACUACCCUUUCCCUGAAGCCCUUCCUUUCCUACCGUUUCCGAGUCAUCGCUAUCAAUGACAUUGGCAAGAGUGACCCAAGCAUGUACACGGAUGUCUUUUCCACACCAGCCGCUUCUCCAGACAGUAACCCUGAAGGAGUGCGCAGUGAUUCCAUCGACCCCGGCAACCUUGUCAUCACAUGGAAGGAAAUGGACAGACAUAGUUUCAACGGCCCAGAUUUUCGCUAUAAAGUGAUGUGGAGGAAAGUUUUGGGCAGCGGUCCAUCCUGGCACACCAAAUUCAUGACCUCUCCACCCUUCACCGUCACAGAUGUGGGCAACUUCUCUGCCUUUGACAUUAAAGUGCAAGCUGUUAAUGAGAUAGGAGAAGGUCCGGAGCCCAAAUCCACUAUUGGAUACUCUGGAGAGGACUACCCGACUGAGGCCCCUAUGAAUGUGGCAGUGGAACUGAUCAACAGCACUGCAGUCAAAGUGACGUGGGCGCCCAUAAACAGAGAAACUGUGAGAGGUCGUCUGCAGGGUUACAAGAUUUAUCUGAUGCACUAUGGCCCGGAAAGCAGACACCUCAAUCGGGAGCGUGUUAGGGAGGGGAAGCCAAGGAACAUCUCGUUUGUGAUAACUGACAGUAAUGAGGAGAGGAAGGUUCUGGGAGACCUGCAGCCAUACUCCCAUUACACACUGUCUGUGAGCGUCUUCAACAAUAAAGGAGAAGGUCCCCAGUCUGACCCCCUCACUUUCCACACUCCGGAAGGAGUACCUGGUCCUCCAUCAUCUUUAGUGCUGGAUAGCCCAUCGGAGACAGAAAUGACUCUGCAUUGGACUCCACCCACCCAGCCGAACGGUGUCUUGAAAGGAUACACAUUAAAGUAUCAACAAGUUGAUAAAGAAGAUAGUCCCAUGCAAAUGAUCGAGAUCAGUGACCACGUCGUGUCUCACUUCAACUUAAAGCUGGAUCCUCACAGCCGUUACCGCUUCUACCUGCGAGGCUUCACCGCUAAGGGAGAAGGACUGCCAAUCAUCAGGGAGGGAGCUACAACUCUGGAUGGAGUUCCACCCUCCAACAUUAGCUUAUCGACUGGAGAGACAUCAGUCAACCUGACAUGGGUAUCCAAAGAAAGACAGAGGAAUGUGGGAUUCUUUAUUCAUUACUUGAAAAAAGACGGUAAAGGCACAUGGAAGCGCUCUGAGAGAGUGAAUAGCUCUCAGUCUUUUUACAGGCUGCAGGGGCUCCAGUCCGGGUCCGAGUACCGCCUGAAGAUCGACUUCAAAAACAAAACUUUAUGGGAGUAUGAGAUCCAGACAGCAGGAGCAAAAGUCAUGGAGAUAAGUCAAGGGUUUGUGACUGAGAGCUGGUUCAUUGGACUCAUCAGCGCCCUCGUGCUGUUGCUGCUGGUACUGCUCAUUCUGUGUUUCAUAAAACGCAGCAAAGGUGGAAAAUAUUCAGUCAAAGAAAAAGAAGAAGGCCAGAUAGAUUCUGAAGUUCGACCAAUGAAUAACGAGGCUUUUGGAGAGUACAGAUCGCUGGAGAGUGACAAUGAGGAGAAGCAGACAGCCAGUCAGCCGUCUCUGUGCGAGGAUAGUAAGCUAUGUACUGACGACACUCUAGAUGACUACGCCAACAGCAACAGCGUGCAGACCGAGGUCAUCAUGGAUGAGUCGCUGGCCAGUCAGAGCAGCGGAGUCCGAGAUGUUCCUGACCCCGGGACUCAGGAAAGUUCCCCUCUAAAUCCUGCCCCAGCCAUCUCCCACCACGGCCUGCCCAUCUCCGCCGCCUUCCUUGACUAGCCGGGGCGAGACCAAGCCCAAAUGUGGAUUCACACAUGUGCCCACCUGUUGCAACUGCUCAUGACUGACCAAAUAUUCGAAAACCCACAAUACUGAGACCUACACACACAACAGAUGCCGAGAAAACCAACCAGAAGCACUGCUGGGACUUACUUCAGACAUAAUUGGACCAACACUUUUAAUACAGUCAGAGGAAAACAUUUGACUGACAUAUAACAAAUAGACUGCCAUGCUCGUCGUUGUUUACAGAUAAUAUCUCUCAUUUUACAAUAUAAAAUAGGCUAUAGCCGUUUACAGUUAUACUGACGUGACAAGAACCUCUCCAGAAGAGACUUGUUUGAUUAUUGAGUGACAUAAAGUAGACACCGAGCUCCCAAGGGUGAACGCCAAAUCAAAUCAGAGUCGGAUUCACCUGUUAGUCAGUAAGAAGCGAUGCAGAAGGAGGGUGUGAGGGAGAAGAGAGAAGCUGAGGGCCUUAAAAUCAUGACUAAGUGCGUUGUGCAAGCAUAUAGACAGCAUGAGCUGGUUAUAAUGGUUGCAAAAUUUAAUCUAACUUAUUGUGUUUUGUGCGUCUCUGCCAUUUCUUUUUUUUUUUUUAUUCUUUAUUCUUUGAAGUC